CCCACAAACAUGUCAUAUUGGCGCAUUGCCCCAUUCAACUUGCUUCGUUAAUCAGCCCCCCUCCUCGACUCGACCUUACGUUCAAAUAGUUGAUCACUGAACACCGAGCACAGCGCACGUCAAAAUGGCCACGGACAAUCUUACCGCAGUUCUCAAUAAACCUAAGGAUUUACAGCUGGUGCAAACGCCGAUACCAGAAAUUGCUGACGAUGAGGUGCUACUCCGAAUGGACUGUGUCGGCAUCUGUGGGUCUGAUGUCCACUACUGGCAAAGCGGAGCUUGUGGACACUUCGUGCUCAAAGAGCCCAUGAUUAUGGGACAUGAGGCUUCGGGAGUCGUCGCUAAGCUCGGUGCCAAAGUGAAGAACCUGAAGGUGGGAGACCGCGUGGCAAUCGAGCCAGGCGUGCCGUGCCGCUACUGCGAGUUCUGCAAGACUGGCCGUUACCAUCUGUGUCCUGAUAUGCUGUUCUGUGCCACGCCGCCCGUGCACGGAAACCUUGUUAGAUAUUACAAACAUGCUGCUGAUUUCUGUUACAAACUCCCAGACCACGUGACCAUGGAAGAAGGUGCCCUACUCGAGCCUCUAUCUGUCGGCAUCCACGCGUGCCGCCGCGCCAACCUCACGGGCGGACACAUCGUGCUGGUGCUGGGCGCUGGACCUAUUGGCCUGCUGACCAUGCUGUCAGCGAAGGCUAUGGGCGCCAGCAAAGUACUUAUUACAGACAUAUUCCAGUCUCGGUUAGACUUCGCGAAGCAGUUAGGAGCAGACCACACACUCCUGGUGACGCGCGACUCCAACGAACCGGAACUCGUCAAGAAGAUCCACGAGCUGCUGGGAGAACACCCUGACGUGUCGUUCGACGCUAGCGGCGCUCAGGCUUCUGUCAGAAUGGCCUUAUUGGCGACGAAGUCAGGCGGCGUGGCAGUGCUAGUCGGCAUGGGUGCGCCGGAGCAGACGGUGCCGCUCGCCGGCACGCUCGCCAGGGAGGUCGACAUCCGCGGCGUCUUCCGAUAUGUUAACGAAUACCCCAUCGCGCUCAACAUGGUAGCGAGCGGCAAGAUCAACGUGAAGCCGCUGGUGACGCACCACUUCAGCAUGGAGCAGACCCUCGAGGCCUACGAGGUGGCGCGGCAGGGCUCCGGCAUCAAGGUCAUGAUACACGUGCAGCCCAGAGACGCUAACAACCCUAAGAAGUUCUAAGCACCACUGGUUUAUCGAUUAACCGGCGACUCGAUUUGAACUCUUUAUCGAUUGUUACGAAUGUUGAAAUGAAUUAAAGCUUAAAUUGAAUAUAGAAAAUUUUAAUUAUUACUAGUAUUAAAUAAAAUUUAAAAUAUUUAAUUAAAAAUUAAAUUAGUAGAAAUAUUCAACAAAAAUGAGUUAUCGGAAAGAGUUCGAAUCGAUACGCUGGCAAUAUGAUUUCAUAUACAGAUGUACAAAUUUUGAAAAUGGAAAACAAAUUGUAAAUCGAACCAACUUUUUUUUAUUGCCAGUUACUUUAAGUGCAUGUGUUUACGUACUGUUUUAAGUUGAUGUAAAAAUAGCUAUGUAUCUGGCACUGUCCUAAAGUUUUCCUGCAUACACUCCUCUGUAAAAACUGCCUUAGCGCUUUGAAUGGCAAAAAGCCGAAUUAUUGGAUGUAGAUAUUUUGUAUUUGUUGUUAUACUUAUUAUUAAUCAUGAAACUGUUAUUUAUAAGUAAAAAUUAAAAAUGUUGAUUUAAGGCUGUUUUAUAAAAAAAGCUUUUAAAUGAAAAGCAGAUAUUGAGACAAACAGAAAAAAGGACUUGUCUAAUAAAUAAGGAAGUACAAAUGAAAGGAAUUAAAAUAUUUUUAUAAUAAAGCUGUAUAGUUUUUUAUAAA